GAGCUUUUACGAUUUAGUUGUCCUGUCAUGGGCCUCUGGAGUUCCGGGAGUGGUUUGUCGGCCGUUGAUUGGUGCGGGAGCAGGAAAAGGCGGGACCUCCGGCCAGGACAGCCGCACAAUUGGCCAGCUGCCAGCGUGCAUCAUCACGGUGCUGGCUACAGAGCGUGCAGCUGCAAAAAUGUUUAGGAUGUGUCUGCAGUCCCAACCGCCUCUUUUGAUAUCCUAAUAACUGUGUUUUAAACCGGAUACUAACCCCCUAUAGUAAGUAGAACUGCUCGUGACUAUUGCCUCGUAGCAACCCCAUUUUACGUAGUCAGCAGUUUUGGGUGUUUUUCAUGUGCACGGCGUAGCAGCUAGUUAGCCAGUGAGGCUAACGUUGUUGAUUUCUACGCGACUUGUGGCUGAAGCUGUCAGAUAUGGUUGCUGGCUGCAACGUAAAAAAACCCAAGCUCCGAUGUGACUGCUGACUAAAGUUGGAGGAAUGGCAGGAGAAACCGUGGUCUCCGAUUAGGUCUGCUGGCUGUUCCAGGUUCAGCGUGCGCACCAUGUCGUGUAGUAACAGAGAGCUCGUGGAGUUCUACAUAAGCUACAAGUUGUCUCAGAGAGACUAUCCAAACUCUCUACUGAGGCCAGAAAAUACUGGCGGAAGGGCCGAGGGAGACCAGGCCAAGCCAGGUCCAGUGAAUGGCCUGCCCGUCGGUAACAGCCGGCCGGGGAGGUCCUGCCCCCGGCGCGGCGGCGUGGAGGCUGUAAAAUCGGCCCUCAAAGACUCGGCGGACGAGUUCGAACUCCUGUUCAAGCAGGGUUUUAGCGAUCUUUCCAUGCAGCUCGAUAUCACUCCCGACACGGCCUACCACAGCUUCAAGAGCGUGCUGGACGAAGUGUUCAAGGACGGGGUCAACUGGGGACGCGUGGUGGGCCUGUUCGCCUUCGGCGGCGUGCUGUGCGUGGACUGCGUGGAGAAGAACAUGAGCGAGCUGGUUUCCCGCAUCGCCGACUGGAUGACCACUUACCUAGACGAGCAAAUCAGCCCGUGGAUCCACAGCCAGGGAGGAUGGGACUGCUUUGCUGAGAUUUAUGGGCGAGACGCCGCCGCGGAGGCGAGGAGGUUUCAGGAGACGUUGAGGAAAUGGCUGCUAGUCGGAGUGGCGCUGCUCACCGGAGUGCUCCUCGGCGUUCUUCUCACUAAGAAACGGUGAAGAGGCCGCAGCUCGCCGGUCGCGGCACGCCGCAUGUGACGCCGCGCCAAAUCAAGCAUAAAUCAGUAGUUAAUGUUUACAUCAAAAGAAACAAAAACAAAUGAAAAAGCCCGUCUGCUUGUGCACUGACAGCUCGUGGCGUCGUUACAGUAAAGCAGAUAGUGGGAGUACCAUAACAUGUAGCUUGGUGACUUACUGCAAGCCCUGUUUAAGAAUUAUGGAGUCUCCACACGAGGAGGAUGUUGGUUCAGCUUUUCUUUCGGUUGAUUAAAAAAAAAAAAAGAUGCAUGACACAAUAAAAAGCUGAGCAUAUUUUUGCUCGAAGUAUAAAUAACAUAUUACGGGUAGACAAAAUAAAAAUGAAGUAGAGGGAAGAUGAUCUAUUGACAGAAUCUGCUUUUUUCUGUCUUGAAUGACGAUAUAAUUCAAUCGUUCAACAUUUUUUCAAACUUAUUUAUUGUUUUGUGGCUGACAGAUCAGCUCUGCAGGAUGGAGCUUUGUCAUGCACCUUCUUUGAAAUUCAAAAUUUUCAACAGAUUGAGACAUAGUCUGUUUUCUGGACCUUUCAUUGAAAUGGAUAUCUGAUUUUCUUCUUUUUGUUUCUGUAAUAAGAUGGGUCAUCAUCUGGUAAAAUGGCCGUUUUCAAUUAUAGAAGGAGAAAGCUGGAUAAGCAUCCUCCAAAGAGUGAGAUUCCAUCAAUCUUGCCAGGGUUUGUAUAAUUCCUCCAAAGCUUUGUUUUUUGUUUUUUUUAACACAGAGUAUGUAAAUUGUAAAAUGGUCUUACUCUUUAGGCUUUGAAGUGCUCUAAAUAAACCCAAUAAGCUAAAAGACGGCAAAACAUAUUCAGCUGGUUUGGUGAACUUUGUUAUUUUAUUUUUUUUUCUUCCGUGCAUUCCCCAAGGACCAACUUUUAUGUCUUAAAAACUGACAGCUGACAGAGCAUCUUACUUUCUUUUUUUUUUCUCUCACUGUGUAAACGCUCUGCUACUUUUGGUGCCUGUGCUGGAAUUGUAGAUGCGCUUAAAGAAAAAAAUAAACCUAUUUAUAUUUUUA